AUGGGUGGCCUAGCAGCAGCACUCGCACUUGCAAAAGCCGGCCAUAAGAACAUCACAAUAUACGAAAACGCAGCAAACAUGGGAUUCGUAGGCGCUGGUAUUCAACUUGCACCCAACAUGGCCCGUAUCCUCGACCAAUUAGGUUGCUGGGGACCAAUCCGCGAUGAGGCAGUCCAAUGCGCAAACACAUCCAUCCGGGAAGGCACGACAGACAAAGAACUAGGGUACGUAGAUCUAAGCUACGUGCGAGAAAAGUACGGAUACCCACACAUGGUCGGUCAUCGAGCUAGUCUCGCAAACGGCCUAUACGAGGGUUGCAAGAAGGAGAGUGGUAUCACAUUCAGGCUGGGCUGCAACAUAUCCAACGUCCGCUUUGGAACAAAACCAAAGUUCACUGUUUCGCCAUCGCAAGGACAGGGAGAGUCACAAGAAGUCGAAUGCGAUGUCCUCCUUGGCGCUGAUGGCGUAAAAAGCUCUACACGCGUCGCUAUGCUCAAAGAACUCGGCCACACCGGCGCCGCUCGCGAUUCAGGUCAGGCUGCCUACCGUAUCAUGUUGAACCGCGACCAAAUGGAGAACGACCCCGAGUUACUCAAGCUGAUUGAGUCCGAUACAGUGACCCGCUGGAUCGGCGAAAAGAAGCACAUCAUCGCCUAUCCGAUCCACAACAAACAGAUCUAUAAUAUCUCCACCGCACAGCCCGAUAUCAACUUUGCCGGCGCUCCGGAUGCUCAAUAUACAACCAAGGGCAGCAAGAAGGCCAUGUUGGAAGUUUACGGCGAUUUUUGUCCGAUGAUACACCGCAUGUUGAAUCUAGUACCAGAGGGCGAGGUUGUCGAGUGGAAGCUAAGGGUUCACGAUCCGUUGGUCACUUGGGUGCAUGGUACAGCUGCAUUGGUCGGUGAUGCCUGCCAUCCUACGCUUCCGCACAUGGCACAAGGUGCUGCCCAAGCGAUCGAAGACGGUGCUGUACUGGGUGUCGUGCUGUCUCCUAAACGGAUCGCCGACGGAAAGCCAGAGACCAUUGAGCAUGCACUGCGAUUAUAUGAGAAGCUGAGGAAACCAAGAGCGGAAGCACUCGUCGAGCUUGCAGCGGAGAACGGGAGAGAAAUGCAUCUCGGUGCUGGUAAGGCGAAGGAGAAACGCGACAAGAUCUUCGCGGAGAUGAAGGCAGGAUCAGGAAAGGUGCCGGAUAGGUGGGCAGAUGCGGACAUACAAGCGCGGGUCUAUGGGGUCGAUGUUGUAACUGAGGCGGAAGAGUUGUGCCAGAAGGAGGGGUUAGGAUCGAAGUUAUGA